UAAGCCAUUCAUUAAUCACUGUCUGCUAUAUCAUUCAAAACCGUACUCACCCAUAAAAUCACUCAUAUUAUGGGCAUACGGUUGUCUAAUUUAAUUGAACGCUGGUUCCCAAAACACGAACCGGAGUUGCGUGUCGGCAUGCUGGGACUGGAUAACGCUGGGAAAACUACAAUUCUCUAUCAGUUGAAAAUAGAACGUAACGUGGAGCCACUACCCACUGUUGGCUUCAACGUGGAAAACGUACGUUGUGGUAAAAUGCUUUUGAACAUUUGGGAUGUUAGUGGCGACCGACCACGUACACGCACCUUGUGGCAACAUUAUAAUCAAAAUACGCGUGCUAUUAUUUUUGUGAUUGACGCAACGGAUGUACGUCGUCUGACACGCGCUAUGGAUGAAUUGCGUUGGUUAUGUUGUCGUCCAGAGUUGACAGGAGCCGUAUAUCUUUUAUUUGCGAAUAAACAGGAUUUGCCAGGUGCAUUGAGCGCCGAACAAUUGGUAACAUUAUUGCAAUUGCGAAGGUUGGCGCAACCUUGGGCUAUACAAGAAUGUUGUGCUAUUAAUGGUGUGGGAUUAGCGGAUGGUUUGCAACAAUUAGAGGAAAUGCUUGGGAGUGCACGUGGCAGGCGUAUAAGUGGCACAUUUUCAAAUAAAUUAUUUUAAUUGGAAACAAAAAAGUGAUUUCAUAUUUAAAAUUUACCUU